GCAUCCAUACAGCUCAAACCCUAACCAUUCAUCAACCUUAUCAGUCUUCACUCCGGCGAACAGCGAUGUCUCACUUCGGUAGAUCAGGCCCUCCGGACAUCAAAGACACCUACUCUCUACUCGUUCUCAACGUUACUUUUCGUACCACUGCUGAUGACUUGUUUCCUCUAUUCGAUAAGUAUGGAAAAGUAGUCGAUGUCUUUAUCCCUAGAGACCGAAGGACUGGAGAUUCUAGGGGUUUUGCAUUUGUGCGCUACAAGUAUCAGGAUGAGGCUCAAAAGGCAGUGGAAAAGCUUGAUGGAAGAGUUGUAGAUGGUCGGGAAAUCAUGGUUCGAUUUGCGAAGUACGGCCCAAAUGCUGAGAGAAUGUAAGUCUUGUUUGAU